AUGGUGAAGCUUCGGACAAGCACUGUUGCGCCAGACAAGGCGAAGCUUACAGAAGACAAUCUCCCUGAUCAGACAGGAAAGGUCUUCAUCGUUACCGGCGCCUCCAGUGGUGUUGGUAAAGAACUCGCGAAGAUUUUAUACCAGCACAAUGCCAAGGUUUGGCUCGCAGCACGGUCUGAGUCUCGGACCAUGGAGGCUAUAGAUGACAUCAAGAGCUCCCAUCCUGGCUCCAGAGGCCAAUUGUCGUUCCUUAGCCUUCAACUAGACGACCUGUCGACGAUCAAAGCAUCUGCGGAGGAGUUUCUUUCUAAAGAGUCUCGUCUCGACGUCUUAUGGAACAACGCGGGCGUCAUGCAUCCACCAGAGGGCUCAAAAACUGUUCAAGGUUAUGAGCUGCAGCUCGGCACUAAUGUUCUUGGCCACUUUCUCUUUGUCCGUUUCUUGACCCCAAUUCUACGACAAACAGCCGAAACGGCGCCUCGCCACACGGUCCGAGUAGUUUGGGUUUCUUCCAUGGCUGCUGAUUUUGCCCCUUGCCCUGUGAUUGAUUUUAACAACAUGGACUACCACAAAGAUGAAAGUAUUUCUCAAAAGUAUGAACGAUCCAAGGCGGGAAAUCUGUUACACGCAGCCGAGUUCUCCCGGCUUCAGAAGAACGCUGGCAUCGUUAGCACGAAAAUGGCGGGAAGUCCAGCCAAGCACGGGGCUUACACCGAAUUGUUUGCCGGACUAGACUCUUCCAUAACACCUGAGGAUCUAUGGAUCACUCCGUUUGGAAGGAAGGCAGAGCCACGUAGAGAUCUCGUGGACCCUGAACUUGGUCGCAAGUACUGGGAGUGGAGCGAAGCUCAAGUACGGCCUUUUUUGUAG